AUGGGUGCCGCAACACCAACGAAAACUGCUUUGAUGGGUGCUGCAACACCAAUGAAAACUGCCUUGAUGGGUGCCGCAACACCAACAAAAACUGCUUUGAUGGGUGCCGCAACACCAACAAAAACUGCUUUGAUGGGUGCUGCAACACCAACGAUGGGUGCCGCAACACCAACAAAAAGUGCUAUGAUGGGUGCUACAACACCAACAAAAAACUGCCAUAUGGGUGCCACAACACCAACAAAAACUGUAGCCUUUUACACACUGAAAACGAAAACUUUAACUCACAAUACGAUGUAUGACAUUGAUAUAGACAACAUGGCCGCCAUUCCUCCUCUCUUCACUGUUCAUGACACUAUGGUCAUCUGUGGCAUUAACAAUGCAACCCUAUUCCAAGGACGUACGCAAGCUGAGAGAAUCGCUUAUGAAAUAUUCUCUGCCGAUUUUAGCACUACAAUGGAUAUUUCUAUCGACGAACUCAACGAUGAACUCAAAACCCUAGCAGGAAUGACUGCUGCACAAGGGCAAAUUCGAUUGAUGCCUGGCAUCAAGAAAAAUAUACGCGCCUUCAUCCAAUGGUGCAGAGACGAAUUCUGCAUGGGACGGGACCCAGCAACUGUACCAUUCCCAGUCAUUGAUGCAUCCCAACUCCUUCGACGCAUGAAAACACACGAGCAAUAUGUAUAUGGCUCUAAGUUGAUGUCACAACAGGCACUACCUCAAGACUUCACCAACGACGUCCAAUGGGAUGAUUGGCACCCAACCUUCGUAAACUACCUCCGUACCAUACCAGGAAGAGAUGGAGUCCCGCUCCAAUACGUAGUCCGAACGAACGAACAAAGCAUCAGUUCCGACAUACCUUCCUAG